CCCAGAGGCUCCCAGGAUGAGCUGCUGGCGGUGGCUGCUGCGGCGGCGGCAGUGCUGACAGGACGCGAGCUCUAUGCCUUUCCGGCUGCUGGUCCCCCUCGGCCUCCUGUGCUUGCUGCUGCCCCUACACCAUGGUGCGCCGGGCCCCGAAGGCACCGCGCCCGACCCCGCCCACUACAGGGAGCGAGUCAAGGCCAUGUUCUACCACGCCUACGACAGCUACCUGGAGAAUGCAUUUCCCUACGACGAACUGCGACCUCUCACCUGUGACGGGCACGACACCUGGGGCAGUUUUUCUCUGACUCUAAUUGAUGCUCUGGACACCUUGCUGAUUCUGGGGAAUGUCUCAGAAUUCCAAAGAGUAGUUGAAGUGCUCCAGGACAACUUGGACUUUGACAUUGAUGUGAAUGCCUCUGUGUUUGAAACCAACAUCCGAGUGGUAGGAGGACUUCUGUCUGCCCACCUGCUAUCAAAGAAGGCUGGGGUGGAGGUGGAGGCCGGAUGGCCCUGCUCUGGACCUCUCCUGAGGCUGGCCGAGGAGGCAGCUCGAAAACUCCUCCCAGCCUUUCAGACUCCCACUGGCAUGCCAUAUGGAACGGUGAAUCUGCUUCAUGGCGUGAACCCAGGAGAGACCCCUGUCACCUGUACGGCAGGGAUUGGGACCUUCAUUGUGGAAUUUGCCACCCUGAGCAGCCUCACUGGUGACCCUGUGUUUGAAGACGUGGCAAGAGUAGCCCUGAUGCGUCUCUGGGAGAGCCGGUCAGAUAUCGGACUGGUCGGUAACCACAUUGACGUGCUCACUGGCAAGUGGGUGGCCCAGGACGCGGGCAUUGGGGCUGGUGUGGACUCCUACUUUGAGUACCUGGUGAAGGGAGCCAUCCUACUUCAGGAUAAGAAGCUCAUGGCCAUGUUCCUAGAAUAUAACAAAGCCAUUCGGAAUUAUACCCGCUUUGAUGACUGGUACCUGUGGGUGCAGAUGUACAAGGGGACUGUAUCCAUGCCGGUCUUCCAGUCCUUGGAGGCCUACUGGCCUGGACUUCAGAGCCUCAUUGGGGACAUUGACAAUGCCAUGAAGACCUUCCUUAACUACUACACUGUGUGGAAGCAGUUUGGGGGGCUCCCAGAAUUCUACAACAUUCCUCAGGGAUACACAGUGGAGAAGCGAGAGGGCUACCCACUUCGGCCAGAGCUCAUUGAGAGCGCCAUGUACCUCUACCGUGCUACAGGGGAUCCUACCCUCUUAGAGCUUGGAAGAGAUGCUGUGGAGUCCAUUGAAAAAAUCAGCAAAGUGGAGUGUGGUUUUGCAACAAUCAAAGAUCUGCGAGACCACAAGCUCGACAACCGCAUGGAGUCUUUCUUCCUGGCCGAGACUGUGAAAUACCUCUAUCUGCUGUUUGACCCGAACAACUUCAUUCACAACAACGGCUCCACCUUUGAUACAGUGAUCACUCCUUAUGGGGAGUGCAUCCUGGGGGCUGGGGGCUACAUCUUCAACACGGAAGCGCACCCCAUCGACCCCGCUGCCCUGCACUGUUGCAGGAGGCUGAAGGAAGAGCAGUGGGAAGUGGAGGACUUGAUGAGGGAAUUCUUCUCUCUCAGACGGAAUAGGUCAAGAGUUAAGAAGACGAUGAGCUCAGGGCCAUGGGAACCUCCAGCAGGGCCAGGAACAUUCUCCCCACCUGAAAACCAUGAUGGGGUGAGGGAGAGGAAGCCGGCCAAGCAGAAAACCCCACUUCUCAGCUGCCCUAGUCAGCCCUUUACCUCUAAGCUGGCAUUACUGGGACAGGUUUUCCUGGAUCCCUCAUAAUCACUGGAUGAUUUUUGUUCUGUUUUUGAAACUAGACUGUAACAAUAAAUCUGCUUUUGACUGUCAUGCUUUUCUAUUUAAUGUAUUGGGUUGUUUCA